UAGAACGAAGCCCAAACAGAGCUCCAGUUCUCUUCUUCUUCUUCUUCUUCAGACAGAGCCUAGAAAUACACAAGAAAGAAUUUGAGCUAGCUUCACCUCUGCUCUCAUUUCAAGUGGAUUUAUUUCAUUUUAGCUGAGCUGAUACAUCUGGUUUGUCAUUUCUAUUUUCCCCUAAAAUAUGAAUCCAUCAAAACCUCUAACAAACCGAAACCAAACUUGUCUUGUAAUAAACCAAGUCCUCUCGAUAAUGAUACAAAACCGCCCAUUCGACACCAAACUCGCAUCAUCAACAACAAACCCAAAUUUACUAACCAUCGAUUCAGUCUCUGAUAUUCUCCGAUCAAUACCCAGAUUCUUCUUUCUUUCUCCACGUUCCAUUGGCCGCCAAAACACAGCCCGCCAUCGCUCUCCAUUAAAACAACGUAACCUCAAAGAAGAAACCCAUAAAUCCCGCCACAAUGUUCUCGUUCUUGGCCCAGCUGCUUAUAGAGACCCCAAAAGGGUCGCUUUAGGUGUUAACAAAGCAGUUGAGUUCUUUUUUUGGCUUGAAAAUCACUUUAGUUUCAAACACACUGAGAUUACAUGUAGAGAGAUGGCCGUUGUGUUGGCAAGAGGGAGUAAAUUGGAUGAAUUAUGGCACUUUCUAAAAGAAAUGGCUCAAAGAGAGCAUGGGAAUUGUUUAGGCCUUGUUAGUGUCAGUACCGUUACCUGUUUGAUAAAAGUCCUAGGAGAGGAAGGUUUGGUUCAUCAAGCAUUGGCGUUGUUUUAUAGAUUGAAGCAAUAUCAUUUAAAACCGGAUGUUUAUGCGUAUAAUACCCUUAUUUAUGCGCUUUGUCGAGUUGGGAAUUUUAAAAGGGCAAGAUUUUUGUUGGAACAAAUGGAGUUACCGGGAUUUAGAUGCCCGCCAGAUAUUUAUACUUAUACUAUAUUGAUUAGUUCUUGUUGUAGGUAUGGUUUGCAAACUGGGUGUAGAAAGGCGAUACGGCGGAGGAUAUGGGAGGCUAAUCGUUUGUUUAGGAUCAUGUUGUUCAAAGGUUUUGUUCCUGAUGUUGUUACCUAUAAUUGUUUGAUAAAUGGAUGUUGUAAGACAAAUAGGAUUGAGAGGGCUCUUGAGCUUUUUGAGGAUAUGAAUAAAAGGGGUUGUGUGCCGAACCGAGUUACUUAUAAUUCUUUCAUCAGGUAUUUUAGCGUGGUGAAUGAGAUUGAUAAGGCUGUUGAGAUGUUAAGGAGGAUGCAGAAGAUGAAUCAUGGUUUGGCAACUACGAGUUCAUAUACUCCAAUUAUUCAUGCUUUGUGUGAAGCAGGAAGGGUGCUAGAGGGUCGAGAUUUUCUUGUUGAGUUGGUUGAUGGGGGUUUGAUACCGAGAGAGUAUACAUAUAGGUUGGUUUGUGAUGCAUUGAAGUCAGUGAGAGAGGGCAGUUCACUAGGUGGGGAAUUUGAUAAGAGAAUUAAAGAUGGUAUAGAGGAUAGAUAUAGAAAAGUGAAGAAAGUGAAACCAAUAAUGGCAUGUAAGAUGAUGUUGUAGCAUGUGGGAGUUCCUACUUUGCAGACACUGGCUAGAUGCUAUGUUUCAUGGAUUUCCUUACCAUUUCCUGGUGUAUCAUCUGUGUCUGGGAGAUUUUCUGCUAUUUAAGGUCUCUGGUACUCGUAUUCUUAUCUGCAUAAAACCACUGGAUGCUAGUACUUCAAGAUGAAUUAAAGGGCCUGGCACACAGGGCAGCAUAGGCUACGUUAGACAACUUCAUGCAACAAGCAGAAUGGGAAGGAUGCCUUUGUCACACUGCUGCACAGCUUUAAGCGUGAAUCUUUUCCCAUUUGUUGGACCUCAAAACUGAAUCAGAAAGGUUCUGGAAUGCAUGGCUACUUCGCACUGUUUUUUCAAACGUAGCACAUUGAAGAAGUAAUAUUUACUCAAAGAGUAGUUAAGAAAAGCAAUUUCCUCUGCCAUUAUAUGUGCUUUACGAUUUUCUAUUUGUGUUCAAUAUACAAUCAUUUGUACCUUUAUACCCUUAUCUUCUGUUAAUUGCUGAUAAGAGACAUUCCAGCAGAACAAAAAAACAUCAAGAAGGAAAAAAGAAAAUGCGUAUUGUCACU